AUGAAGUGUUGGUUUGAUUACUUGCUUGGUAAAGAUACUACACCAAAAGUUGAGGAAGAAUUGAUCAACAACAAGAGCAAACAACCUCGAUCGCACCCUACAACCAUGGAAACGUCAGAAACUACACCAUCAAAUCUAAUAAGAGAAUUAGCCUGUCUGGAUCAACCACUAAGUAAGAUAGUAAAUGACCAUUCAGAAACACCUUGGACGCAGGUGAUGCAAGUGUGUCGAGAAAUUCUACUGAGUGGUGAAAAUAGUACAAAUCAAUUGGUUGAAAGAAAAAUAAUUGUGCAACAAAUACUACAUCCAAACAAACAACCUACACCUGAUAUUGAACUAGACACCUCAAUAAAAGAUGAGGUUGAAGCAGCUAUCACGAGACUAAGACGUGCUGGCUUGGACAAUUCAGUGAUUGAAAAAAUAUGUUCAAAUUCAAACUCUAAUGUCAUCAAAUUGAUAUCAAACAAUAAGACAAAAUAUAAUAAUGGGAAAAAAAUAUGGCAGAAAUGGACACAAGAAGAGGACAGGUUGUUAUGGAUGUUAAGAAUAGAAGAGAAAUUAGAAUGGGAUGUGAUUGUGUCUUUGAUUCGCAGUCAUUCAGAAAACGCAUGCAAGCAUAGAAUCAAUGGGAUGAUGUUAAGUGAUGAUGUACAACAUUCCAGCUUAGAAGAGGAAGAGGAAGAAGAGCAAGUGUCUACUGACAGAAGCUCUCCGACAUUACAGGCAAGAAUCACGAAUAGGUCCUCAAGGGUGUCCAAUAGCGAAGCUACUUCACCUAUUAGUGCGAAUGCCAGAGGUUGGAAGUGGACACCAGCGGAAGAAAAGUUGUUGUGGGAGUCAAUUAUUGUACGAAAUCUUAACUGGAACACAGUAUUGCCACUAUUCCCAAACAGGUCGGAGUCAGGCGUUAAAGCGAAAUUAUGGGACCUUAAAAAAAAGCAUGUUUGUACUGCUCCCAAAUCAAGUCACUCUCCCGAAAAAUCAUUCAACCGAAUGAGACCAAUUACAGGUGACCAACAUUUCAGCUCAGAGGAAGAUGAAGAGCCUCACGUACGCCAAUUUUGGACUGACGAGGAGGAUGAGUUAUUAUGGGAAUUGAAAACAGAAAAACAACUUUCUUGGGAGGAUAUUGUACUACAUUUUGAGCAUCGUACACAGUAUUCGUGUCAAAAUAGGUUUGCUCGUAUAUUCGAAAGGUUUACAACGAAACAAGCACCUACCACGAAAAAUCCCUCAAAAUUACAGACAAGAACUACGAAUGAAUCCUCGAGAGCAACCAAUGGAGAAGCUGAUCAGCAUAUUAGCACGAAUACCAAGCGCAUGAAGUGGACACCAGAGGAUGAGGAAUUGUUGUGGGAGCUCAGGGAGUUACACAAUCUUGAUUGGAACGAAAUAUAUCCCUCAUUUCCAAACAGGGAACAUACUGCAGUUCAAACAAAAUAUUUUGAACUUAGAAACAAAUACGGAAAUAUUGCUUCCAAACCAAAAGCUUUAUCUAAAAAAUCAAUUAGAGCUUCAAGCAAACAGAGGCAUACCGAAAUUGUAAAACAAAUCAAGCGGUCAGCUUCAGAACCCACGGAGGAAGAAAAGUUACGCGAAUGUAUUGAGGUUGACCUCACAAAGGGAAACUUAUCAUAUUGUUUCCCAAAUUAUGCCAUUGGAGAUUUAUGCACACGUAUUGAAAGUCAUCCUGAUUUUGUUGAGAAAUCGUUAACUAUAGGAGAAAAGAGUUUAAUGACUGAGCAAGUACAUAAAGGAGAUACAGUUGAAGAAAUAUAUUCUGAUUAUCCGUUGAGGUCGAAAUCAUUUGUCGAUCUAAAAUAUAAGGAGAUUGCAUACACUAGUCUGAGAAAAAUAAAGUUCAAAACCCGAGAGGAAAGAUUGUUAUAUGAAGCUGGUAUGGCAUACCUUGGAAGCGGACCUUCAAAACGGAGUACUAGAAGAAGUGCGGGCUGUGAUGUUGACUUUGAUAAACUUGAGGAAUUGGAACAAAAAGCAAGUAGGAUUGCCCCACCUCCAAAACCUAAAAUUGAUCCUGAAGUUGCGGCUGCCAGAGCUAAAGCAAGGCUCGAAGCACAAGAGAGAAAGAAGGCUGAAAGGAGACGCAUAUAUGAAUUGGCCAAAGCUAGAAGGUUGGCGAACCCACGGGAUUAUUCGAAAAAAUCUUCGUCUCCACUAGUAAGUCUCAACCUCAUUAAACAGUUGAGUGAAAGUGCUGAAUAUUUCCAAACUGUAACUGGUGACAGACAAAAAGUUCAAGAGGGUGCUAAGCGAAAACGUACUCAAACUGUUCUUUUCUCCCCUGUUAUUGAAGUGAAAUUGAAAACUAGAGCUCGUCAAGCUCAAAAAUGGGAGUUGCGAAGAAAGUUGAAGGAGGAAGCAAGAUUGAAAAGGGAGUUGCAAAGAAAAUCAAAGAAAUUGACAACGAAGAAGAAGAGAAAGCUUAAUAAAAAAGGAAGACAUAGUUUUGAUGAUGAAUAUGAAGAGUUUAGUGAUUUCGAUUUACGCAGUGUGGAGCCGGAAUCUCAACCGGAAGAAGAGGAAGAAGAAAAUCAUAUCAGUCCCUUCGAUCCUCCAGAUAUCAACGCUGAUACAUUAGUGCCCUUGAAUGAUCGUCAUUUGUUUUUUAAAUCGAUUUAUGAACAGGAGGAGAACGUUACAUUACCUGAAUUGGAAUUUAGGCAUUUGCGAGAAGAUGAAACUGCAAAGCAAGCGAUGACAACCAAUGAUGGCUCUAUCUUAUAUGAUGAUGAGCUUGCUGCUGAUGUAGUUGGGUCGCAUAGAAAAUGUUAUCGUGAUAUGCCAAUCUCGUUCCCUCAAUAUUCCACCACUCCGGCAUCAUCAUCAAAUGGCAGUACCAAUAUCAACUACGCCAAUAGUGUCAAGAUCCGGUUCUUUUUGUACCCGCAGCAUUGUGAACUGUUUGUGCUUGCCGAACCAAAGGAUAAUGAAUUAGACCCAGUGCAUGAAAUCAUCAAGGUGUUUAUGAUCCAUUAUGCGUUGUAUUUUGAUUACUCACCAACUAUCAAAACCUAUAUCAAUGAAUUAUGCCACAAGUUGGAAUUGGCAAUUGAAGCUAAUGAUUUUAGUGAGUUUAUGUAUGUUAUUGAUACUUGGAAUACGUUGAUGUUGAGGUUAUCUCCUAACGAAGAAGCAGUUGCCAGGAUUAUGGAAACUGGCGAUGACAUAAAUGCUGGUGCAAGAUCAUUACUUAACGAAUCGGAAAUUAGACAAGUCAGGAAUGAGGAUUUGAAUUUGGAAAUGUUUUACAAUGAAAUUUGCUUUGAAUCAAUAAGUCCUGUUUAUGAACCGAUUCAAGGUGAAGUUGAAGUCAUUGAAGAUGAUGUAGAUGCUGAUAUUUCAAUUGGUAAAAUUGAGCCACCUCGAAAUAAGUCACCACAGGAGAGAGAAAUGAAUUUCAUCAAGCCAUCACAUUAUAAGUCAGACUUGUUUAAACGAUUACGCGAAAAAACAUCAUUAUCUCGAUACGCAAUCCAACAAAUCCUUGUUCGUGUUUAUUCACGAAUCGUUUCCACAGAUUCAAGAAAAUUACGAUCUUAUAAAGCAUUUACAGCUGAAGUCUAUGGAGAGCUACUCCCUUCAUUUACAAGUGAAGUUUUGGAAAAGGUGCAGUUGAAACCAACGCAGAGAUUUUACGAUUUAGGAUCUGGUGUAGGAAACACUACGUUACAAGCUGCAUUAGAAUUUGGAGCUUGUUGCUCUGGUGGUUGUGAAAUCAUGGAUCAUGCUUCAAACUUGACUACAUUGCAAGAAAAUUUAAUACAAAAGCAUUUGGCGGUGUUUGGAUUAUCUCCGUUAAACUUGAAAUUUGCUUUGAAACAAUCAUUUGUAAACAAUGAACAAGUUCGUCAAGAUUGUCUUGCUUCUGAUGUAUUAAUCAUCAACAAUUAUUUAUUUGAUGGUGAUUUGAAUGAUGCUGUGGGUAAAUUACUUUAUGGUAUAAAGCCAGGGACAAAGAUUAUCAGUUUGAGAAAUUUCAUUAGUCCUAGGUACAGAGCUACAUUCAACACCGCAUUUGAUUUCUUUUCGGUGGAGAAACAUGAGAUGAGUGACAUUAUGUCCGUUAGUUGGACAGCAAAUAAAGUGCCGUAUUAUAUUUCCACGGUGGAAGAGACUAUUCGACCAGAAUAUUUAGGAAGGGAGGAGUUGUUGGGAGAAUUGAUGUUGCAUGCGGGUAUGUUAUCGAAAUCGACAACCCCGUCCAUUGGUGAUGUUGGUGAUGCAACUCGUGGAAUCGGCCGCGAUUAUGAUGAAGAAGAUGAAGGAAGUGAGAGUGUACAUGCUAUGGACGUCGACGGUCGUGGUGGUGAUGGCGUCAAUGGUGAUGGCGGUGAACUGACGCCACCUACCGAUCACAAUUCGGAACCCGAAAAUGACAAGAAUUAA